UCUGCGUAUUAUUCUUGGUUUAACGAGUUUAGCGUCAGGUUUCAGACAGUGAGUCAGUUCAUGUUAUUGUGUUGUUGUUUUCAGUGGGAAGAUAUUUCAGCGAUGACCUCCUCAUUUGAGCCAAAUCUUUUUCCCUGGAGCAUUUUUUUAAGAUCAGCAAACAGCCAGUAGUCACUGGGGGAUAAAUCUGAAAACGAUGCUGCUGUUAUUGAUAGGGCUGCUGGUUGUAGCCAUUUUGGUCUAUUUCUCUCUGGUGAAACCGCUCAGUUAUUGGAAGAAAAAAGGAGUUGAACAGGAAAAUUUCCUCAAAGCUUUUUGGUUCAACUGGUUUGGUAUUUGCGGCAGACAAAGUUUGGUUUCUUAUGUGCAAAACAUGUAUUACCAAUUUCCAAACAGAAGAUACAGUGGCGUUUAUCAACUCAACGUUCCAGUUUUGGUUCUCAAAGAUCCAGAAUUGAUGAAACUUGUACUGAUCAAAGAUUUUGAUCAUUUUACAGACCGAAGAACAUAUAUUCCAGAUGAUGUUGAUCCAUUGUGGGCUAAUAGCCUAUUUUCUCUCAAAGGUUCUAAAUGGCGUAACAUGAGAUCAACCUUGAGUCCGGCUUUCACCAGCAGCAAAAUGAAGGGAAUGUUCAUAUUGAUGAAGAAAUGUGCCGAAAAUUUCAUCGAUCACUUUUCAAAACAAGAUGAAAAUAUCAUUCCCGUUGAUUUGAAAGAUAUUUUCAGUCGGUUUUGUAAUGAUGCUAUAGCGACGACAGCUUUUGGUGUUGAGGUAGACUCAUUGGCAAAUCCUGAUAACUUAUUCUACAAGAUGGGUCAGAAAGCUACAAAUUUCAAUUCGUUCAAAAAAUCCUUUCAAGCUUUUGGAUAUUUGGUCUGUCCGAGGUUAUAUAAGCUUUUGAAUCUGAAAUUAUACGACGACGAUAUUGCUGAGUUCUUCAGAAAUCUCAUCGAUGAGACUAUUGAAGCGAGGGAGAAACAAGGUAUAAUCAGACCUGACAUGAUAAAUCUGUUGAUGGAAGCUCGAUCAGGAGUCGCAAAGAAAGACGAAAGUAAUGUUGAGGAUGCAGGAUACGCCACUGUUGAAGAAUCAGUUCAGGGAAAAUUAGUGACAGAUAUAACGAAUGAAGACAUAACCGCACAAGCUUUGAUCUUUUUCUUCGCUGGAUUUGAGUCGCUUUCGUCUUUGAUGUGUUUCAUGGCUUACGAGUUAGCUGUUAACCAAGACAUCCAAGAGAGGCUGAGACAGGAAAUUCAAGAAAGUUCCGAACAAACCGGAGGAAAGCUAACAUAUGAGGUUUUAGUAAAAAUGAAGUAUAUGGAUAUGGUUGUUACAGAGGUUCUUCGAAAAUGGCCGCCGCAAGUCAUAGGGGAAAGAAUAUGUACUGAACCAUAUACCAUUCAACCAAUUACCCCAGAAGAGAAGCCACUUCACUUAGAAAAAGGAACUUACUUAAUUUUUCCCGAAUACUCAAUUCAACGAGACCCUGAGUAUUUUCCUGAUCCAGAUCGUUUCGAUCCUGAGAGGUUCAGCGAUGAAAAUAAAGGAAAAAUAAAACCCUUGACAUACCAGCCUUUCGGACAUGGCCCGAGGAAUUGUAUCGGCUCUAGAUUCGCUCUCUUGGAAGCAAAAGUAUUAUUUUACUAUAUUUUGUCAAAGUUUGAGAUCGUACCUACUGAAAAGACAACCAUACCGUUGGUCUUGGCUAACAAUAUAGUGGUCCUUGCCGUUGAAAAAGGUUUCGAUAUGGGAUUGAAACGUCUUGAGAAAUGAUGGGCUCGUUUUUAUUCGAGUUAUAAUAUAACCGUUACUUAUUAUUCCUUCAAUAAUUCUUGAGGUUUUUUAUAGUGUUAUUUUCAAGCUUUCCAAACAAAUUGGAUGUCUUCCAUAUUAACAAUUGCUUUAGUUUUCGUUUAAAUAUUGAUAUAAAUAACAAUUUGAAAGUUUGAAAUUUUGUUCUACAAAUAAAUAUAUUAAAAAAAUA